ACACUUUUUCUGAAUUGCAUAUGUAGAAAUGCUGUCUAGCCCACAUCAAACAGUUUUCCUUAUUUGUACUCUGUUUGUCCUGAUAUAUAGAUAUAUAUUUCAUACGUCCUGCAAACAAAAUUGAUCGGUUCUUCCAUGGCUCCUACUCCUACACCCUCUGGAUUUUGUAAGGGUUUAACCUUCUCUCUCUUCUUCAUCCAUGUGAUUGCCUCUCCCCCAUUUGCCUGUGACCAAUCCAACCCUUCCACAUCCUCCUUCAAAUUUUGCACAACUUCUCUCUCUAUCAAUGAGAGGGUGUGGGACUUGAUCUCUCACCUCACUCUAGAAGAGAAAGUCUCUCAGCUAGUUAACACUGCUCCUGCAAUUUCAAGGCUUGGUAUCCCAAGCUAUCAAUGGUGGUCUGAAUCUCUUCAUGGUGUCUCAAACAUUGGGCCUGGGAUCCGAUUCAAUGGCACCAUUCGCUCUGCAACAAGUUUCCCUCAAGUCAUUCUCACGGCUUCUUCUUUUAACAGAGAGAUCUGGUACCAAAUCGGACAGGCGGCCGGAAAAGAGGCGAGAGCAAUAUACAACGCUGGACAAGCUAAUGGAUUAACAUUCUGGGCGCCAAAUAUCAAUAUCUUUAGGGACCCAAGAUGGGGUAGAGGGCAAGAAACACCAGGAGAAGAUCCCACUGUAACAGGAAAAUACGCAGUGGCAUAUGUGAGGGGUUUACAGGGUGAUUCCAUUGAUGGGUCCAGAGGGCCUACGGUUCGAUUGAGGGCUUCGGCUUGUUGUAAACACUUAACGGCUUAUGAUUUGGAUAAAUGGGAAGGGACCACGCGUUAUACGUUCAACGCCGCUGUUUCUUCACAGGAUUUAGCAGAUACUUAUCAGCCACCAUUCCAAAGGUGCGUGGAAGAAGGGCAUGCGAGUGGGAUAAUGUGUGCAUAUAAUCGUGUUAAUGGUGUUCCCAAUUGCGCCGAUUACGACCUCCUUACCAAAACCGCAAGAUCACGUUGGGGUUUUUACGGGUAUAUCACCUCUGAUUGCGACGCGGUUGGGAUAAUCCAUGACUCUCAGAGCUAUGCUGCAACCCCUGAAGAUGCCGUUGGCGAUGUCCUCCGAGCUGGCAUGGAUGUCAACUGUGGAAGCUACAUGCAGCAGCAUACCAUGUCUGCAAUUCAACAGGGGAAAGCAAAAGAAUCAGAUGUAAACAGAGCCCUUCACCAUCUUUUCUCAAUAAGGAUUAGGUUAGGCCUUUUUGAUGGGAACCCAACAAAGCUACCUGAUGGUAAUAUUGGGCCGAACAUUGUAUGUUCAAAUGAACACCAGUACUUAGCUCUCCAAGCAGCUCGAGAAGGGAUCGUUUUGUUAAAGAAUUCUCCCAAGGUUCUUCCUCUCUCUAAAAAUGCGAUCAAAUCGUUCGCUGUUAUCGGCCCAAAUGCAAACAACCCACAAACCCUUUUGGGGAAUUAUGCUGGACCGCCCUGUAACAUUCUUUCACCCCUUCAAGCUCUACAAAGAUAUGUAAAACACACACAAUUCGCACAUGGAUGCGACUUGGUUGCUUGCACCUCAGAAGCAUUGAUCGACGAAGCUGUGAAUGUAGCAAGAGCGGCAGAUCAUGUGGUUUUGGUGAUGGGUUUGGAUCAAAGCCAAGAGAGAGAGGAGUUGGAUAGAGUGAGCCUUAGCCUUCCAGGUCACCAAGAGAGGUUGAUUACCAUGGUUUCUCAGGCUGCAAAGAAGCCGGUGGUGCUGGUGCUUUUGUGUGGUGGACCGGUGGAUGUGUCUUUUGCGAAGCGUAAUUCGAAGAUUGGAGCCAUGGUUUGGGCUGGUUAUCCUGGUGAAGCAGGGGGGACUGCCCUUGCUGAGAUCAUCUUUGGUGAACAUAAUCCAGGGGGUAAAUUGCCCAUGACCUGGUACCCCGAAGAAUUUACCAAGAUCCCAAUGACCAACAUGAGGAUGCGCCCUGACCUGAAUUCUGGCUAUCCAGGCCGCACAUACCGCUUCUACAGGGGCCGAGAGGUUUUUCGAUACGGCCAUGGCCUGAGCUACUCAACCUACUCGUAUGAGUUUCUCUCUCCAGCUAUCACCCCACUUUACCUGAACCUCUCUCUCUAUAGAGACCCCUCUCUCUCUAACCAAGACUCUGAGCAUUUAAUCUAUGAUAUUGAUCAGUUGGGUAGUGAAGCCUGUGAUCAAGUUCAGUUCUCGACAACAGUUCGAGUGAGAAACUCGGGCCAAAUGGAUGGUCAACAUGUUGUAUUACUGUUUUCGCGGCCUCCUGUUGUGAGCAAUGAUGCUCCAAAGAGGCAAUUGGUGGAUUUUAAGAGUGUCUAUUUGAAGGCAGGGGAGAUGAGGGAGGUUCAUUUUGAGCUGAGACCAUGUGAGCACUUUGCUGGGACCUUAGAGGAUGGGAGGAGGGUUUUUGAGGGGGGCCCUCAUUACCUCAUGGUUGGCAAUGUGGAGAGGCUGGUUAUUCUCGUGGCUUGAGAUGGAGGGAAAUAGGAUUUGAAAAUUUGAAGUUCUUAUGCUUUGUCAUUUAUAAGGGUGUGGUUUGCAUGAGGUUGCACCCUUAAAU